GCUGCCACUCUUCCAGGCCGGCAGGUGGCGCGGUGCUGAGAGGAGCCGCUCCAGGUGCUGCUGCCACUGUUCCUCCGGUGCGGCAAGUGGCGCGGUGCAGACAGAAGCCCCUGCAGCUGAUGCUGCCACUCUUCCAGGCCAGCAGGUGGCGCAGUACUGGGAGGAGCAGCUGCCGCUGAUGCUGCCACUCUUCCAGACCGGCAGUUGGCGCGUUGCUGGGAGGAGCCGCUCCAGCUGCUGUAACUCCUCCGGGACGGCAGGGGGCGAUGUGCUGCGCGUAGCCACUCCAGCUGCUGCAACUCCUCCGGCGCGGCAGGGGGCGAUGUGCUGCGCGUAGCCGCUCCAGCUGCUGUAGCUCCUCCGGCGCGGCAGGGGGCGAUGUGAAUCGCGGAGCCGCUCCGGCUGCUGUAGCUCCUCCGGUGAGGCAGGGGGCGAUGUGCUGGGGGAGGGGCCUCUAUCUCUGACGCUCCACCGGCGCGGCCAGGAAGGUGGAGCUUUGACCGCAGGAUCGACUCCUUCAGUUUGAAUGAGCGCGUGGCCGGAGCGAGGGUGGAGAGAGCGAGGGACAGAAAGUGCAGAAGAGAAGGAACUGUCGAGGUUACCAUGGAGACAUCCCCUCAGCACUAAUGAGGGGCGUUUCAGGCCAUCUUUGUGUCUACAGGGACCUGACCUAGGAGCGACAGCCUGAUCUGUGGGAGACGGAGAGCGAGCAGGUGAAAGGUCACUGGCAUGGCAUCCCAGGGUCCUGGCAAGGUACCCGAUGGUGGCUGGGGAUGGGUGAUUGUCCUGGCAGCGUUCCUCAUGUCGGCCCUGGUUUUCGGAGUCAUCCGCUCCUUUGGCGUCUUCUUCGUGCCGUUUGUGGAAUAUUUUUCGGAGGUGUCGAGCACCGUGUCGUGGAUCACGUCGAUGGCUGUGGCGGUGCAGCAGUUUUCCAGUCCCAUAGCCAGUGCUCUGAGCAACUAUUUUGCAGCUCGCCCUGUGGUGAUGUUGGGUGCAUUUCUUGCCAGCUUGGGGCUGAUGUUUGCAUGUUUAGCUACAAACCUGACUCAUCUCUACCUGUCUAUUGGACUUCUCUCAGGGUUUGGCUGGGCGUUAGUCUUCACCCCGUCGGUUGCUGCUGUCAGUCGGUACUUUAACAAGAGACGGACUCUGGCGAUGGGGAUGGCGUUCACUGGGGUCGGCAUUGGCUCCUUCGUGUUCUCCCCUCUCUUCCAGUACCUGAUCGACGAGUACACGUGGAGGGGGGCGCUGCUGAUCAUCGCAGGACUGAUGCUCAACCUCAUGGUCUGUGGCGCACUGAUCCGACCCCUGACCCUGAAGGAGGACCUGGUGUGUGCGGUGGAACCCACCGGGGAUCCGGCCUGUUGCCGCGGCGCCGGGGGCAUGAUCUUCGACCUGCUGGACCUGACCCUGCUCCAGCACUGGCCCUUCCUGACCUUGGUGCUGUCCAUCACCUUGAUAAACACCGGAUACUUUGUACCUUACGUCCACUUUGUGGCCCACGCCCGCUCCAUUGGCUUCGACGAGUACGAGGCCGCGUUCCUGAUGUCGGUGGCGGGGGUGAUGGACCUGAUCGGCCGCCUCCUGUCUGGCUGGUUCUCCGACCUGCGCAGAAUGCGCCUGGUUCACAUCCUGAUACUGUGGACCUUACUGACAGGCCUCAGCCUCAUCGCCAUCCCCUUCGGCCGCACCUACUCCGUGCUGAUGACCAUCAACGUGGCUUAUGGCUUCUGCGCCGGCGCCUUGACCCCCGUGGUGUUCUCCUUGCUGCCCGAGAUCGUCGGGAUCGGGAGGAUUUACGGAGCGCUGGGGCUGCUGCAGAUGCUGGAGAGCGUAGGGGGACUGCUGGGCGCACCCAUAUCAGGCUGGCUGCGCGAUGGGACCGGGAACUACACGGCUUCCUUUGUGGUGGCCGGAACCUUCCUCCUCCUUGGCAGCCUCGUUCUCUUUGCCCUCCCCAGUGCCUUGUCCUGUUCCUGUCUCCCACCUGCCAGGCAGCCCCGGAUAGAGGAGGAAGCGGAGGAGGAGGAGGAGGAGGAGGAGGAGGAGGGGGAGCGGAGGCCCAUGGCUGUCCCUAAUGGAUCCGGGCAGCAGGCGCUGUGCCUUCCGAUUGAGCCCAGCAGUGCAGCUUCGAUAAACGCAGAUGUGGUCUGAGCCGAGGUGUGACCUGCUAACGCUGGGAGUGGACAUUGACGCUUAAACCGAGCUCUCUCUCUCUCUCUCUCCAACUCCAGUUAAGAAUGGAGGGAGUAUUGACACCUCUGUGUCGGCCAGUGGAUUGGAGAUGAGACUGAAAUUGGCAGCAAACAGAGUCUAUAUUUAAACGGAGCCUCUGUGAAUUACAGCAAGCAGAUGCUCAUGACUGAAACUACAGCAAAGUCCCCCCCCCACCGAUUUAAAAGCAGGAUAAUUUCCCCAGCAAAAGGCAGUAGGUGGAGGAUAGUUACAUGAUACAAAUCACAUGCAUAAAAUCAAUCACUUCCAAUAGUGUGGCCUCCAGGCAUGAUUGACAGAGGCAUUAGCCAAUCAUCUCCAUGAGGCCAGGUCUUGUGCCAUGGCAGCCAGUUAAAAAUGACCAACUCUUUCCCCCUCGCUCUCUUCUCCCCCACCCCCACUUAGCUCAGUUCAUUAGUGGCACUAGUUGACGCUGACCAUCACGGUUUCUGGUUCUGAUCCCAGUCUGUUCGCUGUUUGCCGAUCUUGGCAACAGUCAACCUCAGCGCCCCUCGGUUGGGGUGAAGCUGGUGUGGGAGGCGAAGGAAAGAACCACCUGACCAGUGUCCCAGCACUCCCCCGCACAGCCCGGCCCCCUCUCCGCUGGACAGCCUGUGUGUGCGUAUGGCUGUCGGGAGAAGGCGAGAGCGGGCAUAGCAGUUGCUGUAGCGGAAUAGCCUAUUGCUGCUCGCCUUUGGCGGGUUCAGUGUGUGGAUGUGAUGCCGGGGGGAGCAGGGACCCCCAUGUGAGGAAGGGGUGAAAAUGGAGGUGGGUGGCGAGGGCCGGGGUGCAGGGUGAAGCUCCCUGCAGCAGCGGGGAGGGCUGGACUACUGCCGUGCUCAGCUUGGGGCUGUCUCUGGAGCAGAUAUACCCCAUGUGGUGACUAAAGCGAGUAACCGGGACCCCUCAAAGUGGGGUUUUGCAGGACUGUUGCAAUCGGAGUGGAAAUGGGAGACCACCGCAGCCUGAGUGUGCCCCCUUUUCGAGGCCAUUUUGGUUUGGACAGCUCGAGCUGCAGCCUAGCCCUUUGCCCAGAAGACCCCCAAGUUCCACCCCUUCCCACACAUGCACCCCCCCCCCCUCCUCAACGCAGCCCACACUAUUGGAGGGCAGCACCAGCCCUUGAGGCAGCGAAGUUUGUUGGGUGUCUUUGAGCAGUGUGGUAAAGUAAGCACCUCCUUCCCCCACUCCCCUACAAGACUGGGCCGCGUUGCCUCUCCUGCCUAUAAAGAAGCUGCAACUCAGCCAUAAUCUUUUCCCACCUCUAUGGUGGCAAACCCAGAGGAGCCAGAACAAGCCAGCCCGUCAUCGCAAACACCAGCUCCCCAUCCAUCCCAAGCUCUCCAGAGGCUCCAGAACGAAGGUGAUAAUUGAUGCUGCCAACGUUAUGAAAUCUAAUGUCCAGUCCACCCCCCACCCCACCCCCACUCCCCACAACUGCUAGAAUAAUUGCGGAACUGAUAAAUAGCUGGGAUUCAGUCAUGAUGCAAUUCCCUCAUUCCAUUUUAUUCUCUCAGUUUUUUUAUUUCUUUGACAUUUUCACCCGCUGUUUUGUGAGACACGAUGAAAUGUGAAUUUGGGCGUCUGGAGAGGGUGGGAUGGCUGGAGUUGGACGUCUUUCCGAUGGGAUGUCCAGUCAGUAUUCCAGUUCUCACUGCCUCUGGUCCCUCUCUCUCUCUCUCUCUCUCUCUCUUCCCCCCCCCCCCACCAGACUUGUGCCAGUUUUGUGCCUUGGGAGCCGGGGUUGAACUGUAACUCGGGGAGGGGGUGCGAGUGGGAGACGGCGCUAAUUUGGGAAGGGGUCUGUCGAUGGCUCCUCCCUGCGAUCUCUCAGGAACCCCACGCUCCCGACUUCUCCCGAAAAGCCUUGUUGCCCAUUGGUUGCUGCAUCUUAACCCGAAACUGAGAAUGU